CAUCAUAUAAAACGUCCAUGCGACAGAACAUACCAAGCAUACACAUGACUCCGACUCAUUAUUACUCCACCCUCCAUUCUUUUCCCUUCUCCUAGAAAUCCCCUCUCCCACUCCUUAGCCAGACCUCAACGCCCUCUGCAAAACCUCUCUUGCUCCACCGUGGGAACCAUUGGACGUUGACGCAAUGACAGACAAAGGUUCCAAUUUCCACAAACCCUUUUCUCCCUUGAGACGUAUGACCGGUGCUGAUUUUCUCCUUCCCACCACUGCUCCUUCAAUCCCUUUCCUUAGUCCAGCUUCAACUUCUGAUGUCGAAGUAUUGAGGGUAAACGAAGAAAUGGUCGAUGUGGGAAUGUGAGGUGAUGAAGAUUGUCUGCGUAAGAUGGAAUGAUGGAUCUGGGAAUGGGAUACACCUUUGACGUGAAGAGAUGACAUUUUGUGAUUAUCAGAAGGAAAGGUGUUGGAGGUGAUUGAGGAUGUAUCGUCAAUGUCUAAAGUUGGGAAAGGUGUGACGGGGGAAUCAGAUCUCGAUCGCGUUCUUGAUUUAAGAGCGAAAGUACGGCAAGGUUCAUCUGCAGAAAUGUGUCCAAUACCGCUAUCCCUCCUUCGACAAAGUUCAAAAGCACUAGGUGAACGAGCUGCCGGUGGAACCAAUCCAACCACGUUGACGGUGAGGUGUGCUGCUCUACCUAACUUCGAUGGUUUUCGAGUCGAGUGGUUUUCUGAUAGGACCACUGGGG